AUGAACGCCUUCAAGUAUGUCGUCUUCUUCGUUCUCGUCGCUUGUGCCUACGCACUCUCUGACGAUGCCGCUGAAGCCCUCUCAGCCACGGACCGCAUGAGAUGCGGUGUUCUACGUGUCAGGAGCACAUCCUCGACUAUUGGAUGCUCUCGCGGAAGGAAUGGUAACAUGCCCGGUCGCACCAGCACCAUCGUUUCGACUAUCACCCUCAGCGGUAUUCGUCAAGUCUCCACGAUUAAGACUCCAUGCAACCGCCCCGCCGCCGACAGGAGGAUCGUACCCAGGAUCAUCCGUUGCGUGAGGCUGUUGCUUCCGCGUUGCCGUUGUGUGAACGCAGACCGCAGGGCCUUUUGCAUUGGUGAGCAAGUUAUCAUCUGCGGUGGUCGCAAUGAUAUCGGCUUCCUCGUUCCGGUCCCGACCCCUGAGGUGAGUGCGUAGAUGCUGUAGUAAGGAUUCCCCAAAAGUCCAGCUGUCACCGUCUGAGAAAGCAAGACAACAAGCAGGAUUUUUUGGAUUAUUCCUUACCGCCAUGAAAUAAAGCCCAUCCGUUCUGGGACAGUGCAUGCUCGCUCCUUUGUCCAAAGCCUUAAUUUGAUUUCAUCGAAAGAUACUUCGUGCUUUCCCUAUAAAUGACUUGUUGGAUUACAUUUCCCUUGG